UGUUGCUAUUUUCAGCUGAAUUUUGUUUGCCGAAUAUUUGGUGCAUCCCUACUCUGAGCUUUAUAUGCUAAGAAAGAUAACUUGCAGUUGGUUGAAUCAGACCACUGCUAUUGUUUUUGGUUCAUCCUCUCCAAACUGGAACACCAAAAACAGUGCAUACAGAUAUAGAGCACAUGCUGAACAGAAGAGACUAGGCUUGGCUUGUUCCCAGAUUUAAGUUUCUAUAGGUCACUGGCCUUGCAGGAAGAGAUAAGAAGUCAUGAGACUAAAGUUGUGAGAUAACUGAGCUAGACUUUGCUCAAUUCAUGUGUGACCAGCUUCCUUGUGAUUAUGUCCAUAUCUGAAGCACUCUUUGAAGGCUUGAUUAGUUGUCUGUGUGCCUGGUUUAGUCGUAUGCUGUUUUAGACGUGUCCCAAUUUGUCUCCUCAUAGUGAUGUCCUUUGCCUCACACCUUAGUGGCUAGCUCUGCAUUCAACGGUUAAUUGUCGAGGGCGAGUGGCCCCAUUCCACCCCUCCGACUUCAUCUGUCAUGUGUCAGGGAGGUUGGGCCUCUCCAUGUCCCUGCCUGCCAAAAGAGCAGAUUGAAGAACAGAACAGGAGGAGAUCAAAGGUGCUGAAGUGGAAGAGAGAGGGUGGUUUUCUUCAUAUGGCAGGUCCAGAGAAGGGAAAAAAAAGGAGAGGGGUGAAGAUGCUUGGCUACAGGGUGCAGGACUUGCACAUGGUUACGUUUGAAAAAUUCCAUUUCAGAGGGUCCUGUGGGUUCUGGAUCAGGGCCAGACGGGAGAGCCAUGAUUGCAUUCACUGCGUCGUCUGCUGAUUAUGCAUUGCUGCUCUGACUCACGCCCCCCUCCCUUCCUUUCCUCUCCCCUCCCCGCCUCAGGAUGUGGUACGGUAGGUGCCUGUUACACGAUAUGGAGCACGCCUGAGUCUCAAUGAGUCUACGGUGAUAGCAGCAGAGCCAUGCGACUUUCACAUCAAAACAAAAAGUCAUCCUGCUGGAAGCGGUCCUGUCCCUCUGUCCCAGAGGCACCCAGCGUUUGAGCAGGAGCGUAUAUAACCUGAAUAGGAAACAGCUCAGAGGAGCUUUCACACUCUUCGAUUUAGGACACUUCAAAGGACACACUGUCCCCCUUGACAGCCUGUGUAUGCUGCAGAGAGCAGCAGAUGUGCAUGGACGAACCUCUGUAGUGACAGAGCGUCGCGCUGGGAGGACUUCCCGGGACUCUUGCGUUGGGUGCCUACUUCUCGUGGAAGCCAGGCAUUUUUCCUCACUCUCUUUUCCAAAACAGCUCAUAGCACUUUGGGGGCAUGACUUUGGGACAAUGUCCGACUCCAGCUUACGGACUCUACUCUCCAAUUUUUCUAUGCCUCACUUUAUCGGUGGAGCAAGAUUACGGCGCUCCAAAAGCUGCAGAACAAGCAACAGAAAAAGUCUGAUAGGGAGUGGACAGUCAUCAGCCCUUCCUCGACCACACUCACCUCUGUCGUCACACACAGGCACCAGUCCACAAGACAGCCCUAGAAACUUCUCCCCUAGUGCUUCAGCUCAUUUCUCCUUCACACGCAGUCAUGGACUAAGAGCAGACAGAACUGAUGGGCGACGUUGGUCAUUGGCAUCCCUUCCCUCCUCUGGCUAUGGAACAAACACACCUAGCUCCACCGUCUCUUCGUCCUGUUCAUCACAGGAGAAGCUCCAUCAGCUGCCUUUCCAGCCCACACCAGACGAGCUCCACUUCCUGUCCAAGCAUUUCUACACAGAGAGCAUUGCUGGAGAUGACCACAGGAGAGCUACACCUAUGCGGCCACGCUCCCGCAGUCUCAGUCCUGGAAGAUCUCCAUCGUGCUGUGACCAUGAGAUUAUCAUGAUGAAUCAUGUGUACAAAGAAAGAUUUCCCAAGGCCACAGCUCAGAUGGAGGAGCGCAUCAAGGAGAUCAUUCAAAGCAAUUCCCCUGAGAAUGUCUUGCCCCUGGCUGACGGUGUACUCAGUUUCGCACACCAUCAGAUCAUUGAGCUGGCCAGAGACUGCCUGGAAAAGUCCCGUCUCGGCCUCAUUACCUCACGAUACUUCUGUGAGCUCACGGAUAAACUGGAAAGGCUCUUUCAGGAGUCAACUGAGCGAUCAGAGAGUGCAGAGGUGACCUUCAUCAAGGAGCUGGUGAAGAAGAUUCUCAUCGUCAUCGCCAGGCCUGCUCGACUCCUUGAAUGUCUGGAGUUUGACCCUGAAGAGUUCUAUCAUCUCCUGGAGGCUGCAGAAGGUCAUGCCAAAGAGGGACAAGGCAUCAAGACCGACAUCCCACGCUACAUUAUCAGCCAACUUGGUUUGACAAGGGACCCACUUGAGGAAAUUGCCCAGUUAACUAGCUACGACAGCGGGAUUGCAGAAACUCCUGAGACGGAUGAGUCUGUCAGUUCCCACAGUUUGAGUGCAGCACUGCGGCACCGGCGUAAACCCUGUGAGCUUGACUUUGAGAUGAUCAAAUUGAUCAGUAAUGGGGCUUAUGGUGCGGUGUAUUUAGUGAGACACAAAGAGACAAAGCAGCGUUUUGCCAUGAAAAAGAUUAACAAGCAGAACCUAAUGCUGAGGAACCAGAUACAGCAGGCUUUUGUGGAGAGAGACAUCCUGACUUUUGCUGAGAACCCUUUUGUGGUCAGCAUGUACUGCUCCUUUGAGACUCGCAGACACCUUUGCAUGGUUAUGGAGUAUGUUGAAGGAGGGGACUGUGCUACAUUGCUGAAGAACAUGGGUCCUCUCCCUGUGGACAUGGCUAGAAUGUACUUUGCCGAGACUGUGUUAGCCCUGGAAUAUCUCCACAACUAUGGAAUUGUCCAUCGAGAUCUCAAACCAGACAAUCUGUUGGUCACUUCAAUGGGACACAUCAAGCUGACAGACUUUGGACUAUCGAAAGUGGGGCUGAUGAACAUGACCACUAACCUCUAUGAGGGUCACAUUGAGAAGGAUGCUAGAGAGUUCUCUGAUAAACAGGUGUGUGGGACACCUGAGUACAUUGCUCCAGAAGUAAUCCUAAGGCAAGGCUAUGGGAAACCAGUGGACUGGUGGGCAAUGGGCAUCAUCCUCUAUGAGUUCCUGGUGGGCUGUGUACCAUUCUUUGGAGACACUCCAGAAGAACUGUUCGGCCAGGUCAUCAGCGAUGAAAUAAACUGGCCGGAGGGAGAGGAUGCGCCACCAGCUGAUGCUCAGGAGCUGAUCACCCUACUGCUCAGACAGAACCCUCUGGAGCGCCUCGGCACUGCAGGAGGGGCGUAUGAGGUCAAGCACCAUCAGUUCUUUCACAGUCUGGACUGGAACAGCCUGCUGAGGCAGAAGGCAGAGUUCAUCCCCCAGCUGGAGUCUGAGGAUGACACCAGCUACUUUGACACACGAUCUGAUAGGUACCAUCACUUGGAAACUGAGGAGGAGGAUGAUACCAAUGAUGAAGAUUUCAAUGUGGAACUGAGGCAGUUUUCCUCAUCUUCACACCGAUUCUCAAAAGUUUACAGUAGUCUGGAUCUGUCUCAAGGACGGCUGGAAGAGAAAGGAGAACAGGCAGAGAAGACAACAGACAGUCCUCUCACUGUUGACUCACUGAGCUGGACUCCAGACUUCACUGAGAUCCCCUCUCUCUCUCAUUCAUCUGACACUGAGAGCACCAGCUUGAGCAGAUGUUCCGGUCUUCUUCCCAAGUUUGCAAUCUCUGCAGAAGUGGAAGAUGGCGAGGGUUCCCUGGUUCUGGAAGACCCCAGUAAAGUGACCUUUAGUAUUGGGGAGUUGCCUCAGGAUGAGCCUGAGCCCACCACACCCUGUAGCACCAUCAGUAACUCCACUCUCUCAGGCAGUUUCUCUGAGCACCUGGAUCAGGCGCCAUCACGGGGAGAUGGAGAAGAGAGUCUGGACAGCUCCUGUAAGCCCUCCUCUGAUACAUCCUUCUUCCUGACUGCUCCCAGACCUGAAGCCACAGAGAAACAGUGUGCAGUCCGCAAAGUCCCAAAAUCAGUGUCUACCAGCGCACUGUCACUCAUGAUUCCUGGAGAUAUUUUUGGUGUGUCACCAUUAGCAAGCCCCAUUUCUCCAUACUCGCUGUCAUCAGACCCAUCCUCUAGAGAUUCCUCCCCCAGCCGAGACUCCUCCCUCAGUGGUGUCGUCAAUCGUCAGCCAAUCAUCAUUCACAGCUCAGGGAAGAAGUUUGGCUUCACUCUGCGAGCAAUCCGGGUCUACGCCUGUGACAGUGAUGUUUAUACAGUUUAUCACAUGGUCUGGAAUGUAGAGGAUGGUGGCCCUGCUCACAAGGCUGGUCUUAAGGCUGGAGACCUGAUCACUCAUGUGAAUGGAGAAACCGUUCAUGGGCUGCUUCACACUGAGGUGGUGGAACUAUUGCUGAAGAGUGGAAGUAAAGUCGCGAUUUCCACAACCCCUUUUGAAAACACUUCUAUCAAAACCGGUCCAGCUAGAAGAAAUAGUUACAGAAGCAAAAUGGUGAGAAGAACCAAGAAGCCAAAGAAAGAGAAAACUCAAGAAAGGCGGCGUUCAGUAUUCAAACGUUUUGCCAUGCAACCCUCUCCACUUUUACACACCAGCCGUAGUUUCACCUCGCUAAACCGCUCACUGUCUUCAGGAGAGAGUCUGCCUGGAUCUCCCACACACAGUCUCUCGCCACGCUCCCCCACAGCUGCCUUUCGCACAACACCCGACUUUAACCAGUCAGGUGCCAAUUCAUCACAGAGUAGCUCCCCCAGUUCCAGCGCACCUAACUCACCAGCAGGCUCUGGCCACAUCCGACCCAGCACUCUGCAUGGCCUGGGUCCCAAACUACCUGGACGGUUACGUCAGGGUCGACGUAAAUCAGCAGGGAGCAUUCCUCUCUCACCAUUGGCUCGCACACCUUCCCCGACCCCUCAGCCUCAGCCGACUUCUCCUCAGCGGUCCCCAUCUCCCUUGCUGACUCACACUGUGGGAAGCUGCAAAACUUCUCAAGCUUUCCCUGCCAAAAUGCACUCACCCCCAACUAUUGUACGCCAUAUGGUACGACCUAAAAGUGCAGAGCCUCCUCGGUCCCCACUCCUGAAGCGAGUUCAAUCUGAGGAGAAGCUUUCCCCUUCUUACGCUGGUGACAAAAAACAUUUAUGCACCCGAAAGCACAGUUUGGAGGUUACACAAGAGGAGUCUCAGGGGGAAGCCUUAUCUACAGGGGAGCAUAUCCCACCAUCCAUAGAGGAGAGCACUUCCUGUGAACCACCCACCAUAACUCGGGUGAGGCCUGCUGAGCAGGGUUGCCUAAAGCGGCCUGUUACUCGCAAAGUUGGUCGACAAGAGUCAGUAGAGGAGCUAGAUAGAGAGAAGCUGAAAACUAAAGUGGUGGUGAAGAGGCAGGACUGGGCUGAGAGACGAGAGUCUAUGCAAAAACAAGACACUGUGCAAGAUGUGGAAAGUUCUGCUGCUGAAGAUAAGGAGUGGAGUGUCCUUACACGUCCCAGUGUGAGACCCCAGGGUUCUGAAUCUGGAUCCCUAGACAAGUCUACAAAUGCUACUUUGAAGGAUGUCCUCUACAAAAAACUAAAUCCAAGAGUCUGUGAGAGCAUAGCUGAGUCUGUCACUAGUGGAGACUGUGUAUCACUUUUAAGUGAGAAUGGGAGGUCACCUUCAUGUCAAUCAGAUUGCCAAAUGUCUCGGGCUAUGAAGGAAAGUAAUAAACCAGAUUUCAAAGCCUCCAACAUGGAGUUUGCCAGAAAGAAACAAUCCUUUGAGGACAGGGAGGACUCCUUGUGUCGAAUAUUCCCAGGUGUUCAUGAAAGCAUUCAUUUCAACACCACCAGGUCCAAAAGUCUUCAGCUGGAUUCUGCAUUAGCUUUAGAACAUGUUAAAGGGGGCAUGUGCAACAUCCAUGGCACUUCUGAAACUUUGGCCCCUAAGCUUUUUAGUGGAAGAGGAGAGAGUGCAGUAGAAAAACUUCAGAUGAUUUCUUCUGAUGGUCCUAUCAGGAAGACCUCCUCUGAGUACAAAUUGGAGGGAAGGCUUGUGUCCUCUUUAAAGCCACUAGAGGGCACCUUGGACAUUGGUCUGCUUUCUGGGCCUCGGGUAUCCAAAACUGACACAUAUCUUUCCAAAAUGGCAGACAGUCAUGGUGAAAGUACUAUGUUGGCAGAAGAUCUUUGUGGAAAACAGCCAAUUCAACAGAAAACUACAGAAAAACAGAAAAGUCCACAUGCAGGGACAUCAGGGACACUUAACCAUAAGGACAAUGUGUAUUUGAGCAGUAAAACGGUUACAAAAGAAGAUUCCAUUUCCAAUAAGGACUCUACAAUAAGUUCUGCUUGCAAUGAGGCCUUGCAUGAUAGAAAUAAAUUUAACGAUGGAGUGAAGUUGCAGAUUACAACCACUAAAGUGGAGUCCAUAGACACAAGUGUGAAAUCGGAGACUAGGCUAAAGACAGCUCAGGAGAUGAGAGCUGCACGACACAAUGCUCACUUUGCAUGUGGGAAAACGCCCUCCAUCAAGGAAGUCAGCAAUGAAGACCAGGAAGAUGACAUGGAAAAUAUAGAGGAUGCAUCUCCAAAGCAAAAUGAAACUCGGCAGAUACAACCAGUCCUUAGUAAAACAAAUCAACCUGAGGAAAUCCCAGUGUCUUCUGCUAUUUUUUCUCAACUCAACUCUGUCCAGAAAAUCUCAGAAGCAAAUUCUGGCAAAAAUAAUAGUAGGCUGAGUGAGACUCUGAUUAUUUCACGCAGUCCAGCAAUGUCUCCAGAGAAGGAUAGCACUAAUAAAGACAAACCAGCUGACACAAAGAGCACUGCAGUAAUAAAGCAGGUCCAUUCAUCAGAAAAUGUUAUGGACAAUGCACAUGCAACAUCAAGCCCAACUUUGGCUAAAACCAAGACUGUGAUAGACAGAAAGGAUAGGGCUGGUAGCACCAAAGACUUUCUUGACAUCAAUCCAGAGCAUCUUCAAGAUUUGAAGCAAAGCAAAACAUCUAGCAGAGUGAAAAGUUUGGACACUAUACUGGGAGAUAGAACCACUGGCACUCCAACCUCAGAUGCUGACUCAGGGCAGGCUAAACCAGAGAUAUCCAUCAAAGAAACAGUACCCAUCCUGCAGAGUCUAUCUUUAACUUCCUCUAACACAACAUCCACUGUGUCUUCUGUCUCAGCGCCAUCAGAUGCACCUGAGACCACUAAUGUUAAAAGCUCAUUGUCUACCCUUCAAAGAAAAAACACUCCAACUGCCAUUGCUGCCCCAUUGAAAGACAUGCCUGCUUUUGAUUCAAAAUCCAAAGCCAGUGCAAGCACCACCCCCCAACUUUCUGGGUUGGCUGAAGUAAAAACAUCCACCAUCCAACCUCCACAGUCUGAUCAGACUUGUGCCAAAAUUUCAAGCUCUGUUGGCUUGGCAAAUGGACAGACAGCAAGUAUUUCAGCUCAACUCUCCAAACAAAUCUCAGACAGAACACAAAAUUCCGAUGCAUCAAGUGGUAGCAGAGGAUUCAGAGUGCAAACCCAUCAGUCUCAACAGGGCUUAAACGAAAAUCAACAUGGAGACAAAGUAAAUGCAGAGAAGGCAAAUAGCCAAUCCAAUUUAAUGGUGACGGAUCUUAAAACCCUGCCAGCAUGUAGAGACAAAAUGGACUCGAGAGACAAAAUGGCUUCUAAAAAGGACUCCAAAUGCAGUAUGAGUGAAAAGGUUACUUGUGCCUCUAACCCUUCAGUCAAAGCUGAAGUUUCAGAAAACUGUGAAAAGCAGGAAGCCAUCUUCAGAAACCAAGUAAACAUGAAUUUCACAUCAAUGGACAUGGGUGCAAGCCCUCCAAAGACUAGUAGUUGUGACACUUCAACAAAAGACACUGUGCAUGCGCAAUCUGCAAUUAAAACAGAAGAAAUACCGAAGUCCAAAAGUGUUUUUGAUGUAGACAAGGAGAAGGCCAAGAAGCAAGUUAUGGACAUGUCCAUGACAGAGACAAGUACAGCACAGAGUGCAAUAAAACAGACGCAACCAUCUGGUAGUGCUACAUUAAAAAAAACCCCUUUGAGUUCCAAAAACAAGCCCAGAGUAGACUCUCCGCUUGUUACUCAGUCUUUUGGGAAGACAAUAGAAGAUAAGGGAAAGCAGGAAAACAUAGCACAGCUACAGCCUAUUGUCAAAGAUAACAUAGUAAAACCAAAGGAGCUAAGAGAGUCAGUCUUGUCUACACCUAAAUCUCAGCCUCAUAAAGACACCCGCACUGGUUCUCAAUGUGGCUCUGUGCCAGUGUUGCCCGUGCCAGCAGUUAAAAUCCAUGUGUCUUGUGGACUGCCUUCUGGUAAGGGCAGCGCUACUGUAGUUGAAUCACUUGGACCUUCCUCAGAGGAACAAGUGAAGUCCAAAAUUGCUAUUCCAAGAUCAGAGUCUCUCAAGGGCUCCAGCACAAGUGAUCCCAUAGGGACAACUACUGCUACUAUAUCCAGUCCUGACCCUAAACAUGCCUCCAGUGAGUCAAAGGUAACUUACAAACAAAUUUCAUCCAACCAAAAAGAGCAAGUGGAAAAGAAGAGAAAGGAACCUACUCAAGAUACAUCGUCAGCACCCAAAACUAACCGCAAAGACUCAUCAAGAGGCAUGCCUUUGGCAAAGGAUAGUACUAAUAUUGAAAAAGAAGCAGUCCGUCCUAAACAAACAAAGGAUACACCACGUGGUUCAACUUGUAAAAAGUGAUGUAUUGUAUUGUAUUGUUGCCAAGCGUAUUGAAUUUGAAAAGACUAUGAGGAUGUAAACAUCAUUUUUGUCUAUAUGUGAUAUCAUGAACCCUUUCUAUCUGAGGACCGGUGAAGCUGUUACUUUGGGUUUUCAUAAGAAACCAGAGAUGAAUUUGUUUGUUUUUGUUGUGCUCUAUCAUGCUCCGUUUAUUGUCUAAAAAAAAAAAAAAAAAAGUGUUGGCUGAAUGUUGACUUGUUUUGCUGCUGAUUUGUGGUCUUGUUUUAGAUCUCGCAAAAGUGCCAAAAUUAGUCAUUGUAUUGUGUUGCGAUGUGAUGUAAUGUGUGGCGUGUGCAAUAAUUGGGGAGACGGAGUGUAGAUGCCUUUUUUUUAAGGAU